AUGGAUUCCGCCGUGCGCCCGCCUGACGACCAACAGCUCGAUUCGCCCGCGCGUAUCCUCGAGCGCCUGCACCAGAUUGCCGGUUACGCCUGGGACGACUCGAGGGCGCCCUUCCACUCGACUUACGAUAACUGGCAUGUCUAUGGCACUAGGUUCGUCUCGCCCUUCUCCUCGGCCGGCACCGGCACCGCCUUGGCCACGCCCCCCGCCCCCUACUUCGUCGCGACCUCGCCCUCGUUGCCCAACCUCGGCCACCCGAGCCGGUCCUCUCCGUCAGACCAGCGUGUGCCAGGCUCGGUCGCGCACAGCGACGCCGGCAGUGACCGCUCUGCCGCGUCCCCCUCGGCAGCCCACUCGGUAGUGGCCGACGCCCCCGUCGUGGAGGAGCAGGUGGUUGCAAAGCUCUCGUACAACGUGCUCCGCGAAGAGAGGGCUUUCCAUAUUGCCAAGAGCUUGGUCGCUGGUGCGGAUCCUAACUGCGAACACAUUGUCAAACCGCUGGAGCUCAUCCGUCUGGCGCCGCUGCCCGGCGAUCGGGGUGCCAUCAUUGUCACCAUCUAUCAUUCUCCUGGCCCGGAUCACAUCUUCAGGGUCCUCGACCUAGGUCCCGCCUUCUACUAUGCGAAAAAGGAGAAGGAUAGGUGGGAAGCCCACCGGGACGAGACCCCCAAACUAGACCCUCCCAUCAGCCUUCAAAACUUCCUUGACUUCGCCAUCGGCGCCUCACAGUGCUUGGAGAUGAUUCAUCACGGCCAGGGCAUCAUCCAUGGCGAAAUACGGGGGGAUGCAUUCCACUACAGCCUUGAAUCAAAUAAGGUCAAGCUGGUUGCCUUUGGUUCUGGGCUGAGGUCGUUUGAGCACGGCCUCACAAGCACCGGCUGGUCUGCGCUAUCCAAGGAAUUGGGUGCCAAAAACAAGCUGCAGUAUAUCAGUCCAGAACAGACGGGACGCAUGCCCGCCGAACCAGACACCCGAACUGACAUCUACUCGCUCGGCGUUGUCUUCUGGGUCCUCCUGACGCAACAGCCCGUUUUCCAGGGAGAGACACCGCUGGAUAUAGUGCAGGGCGUCCUCGGCCGCCGGAUACCCAGCGUCUCGGCCAUCCGGAUCGACAUCCCGGAUGUCGUCGGACGCAUCAUCCAGAAAUGCACAUCCAAAAAUGUCAGCGAUAGGUAUUUUUCGGCUAGCGGUCUUCGAUACGACCUAGUUACAGUUCAGAAGCUCUUGAGCAGCGGCGACUUACUGGCUCUCAAGGAGUGGCAGAUCGCCUCGAGAGAUAUCUCGUCUUUUUUUAUGCUGCCGACAGCCAUGAUAGGACGGGAUAAGGAAAGAGCAGAGCUCUUGAAGGUCAUAGACAGUGUUGCCAAGAACCACGCUAUGAAUCAAAAUGGUGGCGUACAUCGUUUCUCAGACGCUUCAAACUUGUCGAAUGAGCACAACGAAGGUACCGAGGCAUCUAGCGAUGGCGCAAGUUCGGCCGACGAGACAAACAGGCAGAGCGCAUCCUUUGCACAGACUGUGUCUUCGGAACCAAGGUGGAAGACAAACAUUGUUACUUCAUCUCUCGGUCUCGAGUCGCUGAAUGGCUCGGGAGAAACUGGGUCCGACGGCAACUCAACAGUAUCGGCUAGUCCUCGUCCCCCGCGUCCAUGGGAACGCCACCCUAGCAUUGCCUUCGAUGCUGGGAGUCUUGCCGAUGGCGCCUCGGCUGAGGUAUCGCGGUUGAGUGCUCCGACAACCACCGACUCUUCUUCGAGUUUGUCGCGGCAGCUGGGCUCGGCCAAGUUUCAGCGGCAGGGCCAUUGCGAGAUCGUCGCAAUCGAGGGAACAGGCGGUUUAGGGAAGAGUUGUCUUGUCCAGUCCGUCUUGGCAGACGCGCGUAGGAGAGGUUACUGUGCGACGGCCAAGUUUGAUACGGCUAGACGGACUGCCUUUGGACCACUGUUGAAGCUUUUAUCCUCCCUAUUCCGCCAAGUAUGGGGCGAGAGAAACACAGAGACUCCUUUCCACCAGACGUUAAAACAAUAUGUCCGACCUAUAUGGCCCACCCUACACAAGGUCUUGGGCCUGCCGGAAUUCCUGCUAGGUCCCGUCGAAGCGUCACUGGCACGUUCUGGGUCCAACUCGCAGGCCACUCGGCCGGCCCCGAAGAGGCGCGGCUCUUCGCCCGAGAUAUUAGGCACACCCACCGUGCGUAGCGUCUCGAGCUCAUCUACGAUUUCACAAGACUUCCUCCGCGCGGGUAGCUCAACCAAAAGCAUUAGGCUGAUGAAUACGGUUCUCGACGUUUUGAGAAUGUUCACGCACCACAAAUUCAUAUGCUUUUGCCUCGACGAUCUCCACUCGGCAGACGAUGAAUCGCUCGAGCUCAUCACCCAGAUCAUCGGAGCGAGGCUCAAGAUGGUCAUCAUCAUAACAUACCGUCCAGAGGAGUCGACUGCUGAGAAGGUGCAGAAGAUUUUGAAUCCACCCAAGUCUGAGGAACAUCCCAGAGGCGCUGGCCCGGCCAUUACGAAGAUCACGUUAAUGCCCCUGAGCGAGGAUGAUAUAGUUCAAUACGUCUCGGCAACGCUUUCGCUACCCAAAGAAGAGGUUCUCCCGCUGGCUCUGGUUAUACAGUCCAAGACGGCGGGCAAUCCGUUCUAUAUGCGAGAAAUGCUCAACGCGGGCCAUCGGAAAAAAUGCAUAUGGUAUGACUAUCUCGUCGGCCAGUGGAAGUAUGACUUGGAUAAGCUCUUUGAUCAGUUCCAAGGAGAACAAAACUACGACGUCCUUGACACUGCCUUUAUUACCCGCCGCCUCAACGAGCUGCCUGUGGCUUCGCGAUGGAUCCUCGCUUGGGCGGCACUAUUGGGACAGGCGUUUUCGUUCGGUCUCAUUUGCAAGCUGAUGGAUGCCGAGUCCGCCUACACGGACGGGAUGCGUCCGUUGACGGGGAAGGAGAAAGCCGCCACCUCGAUACCGCCUUCGCAAGAGGCCAUCGCUGGGCUCGAAGCAGCGCUCCAAGCAUGCAUAAUUGUCCCCAGCGAUCGUGACGACCGUUUUCGCUUUGCUCAUGACAGGUAUAUCCAGGCGGCAUCCGCGCUGAAGGAGUGCGACGCCCGGACAAUGCACUUUACCAUUGCGCAGACUCUCCUCAAGCACUGCUCCGCAGACCCGACGCUGAGAGACAGCACAGCCUCUCACAUCUGCGAGGCUGUGGACAUUAUUAAGAAACGAGUAGCACACCGGAGACCGUACCGGGACCUAUUACUCCAAUGCGCCGAGGUCGCAACGGAAAGCGGCGCUCGGCCUACGGCGGCAAAAUAUUAUAGCAACGCCGUCGCCUUGCUCCAGUCGAGCGCGUGGGAAGAUGGACUCGAGGAUGUGUCGUACGAUGAGACGAUCAGACUCUACCUCCGUGCCGCCGAGAGCUACCUGUACAUGGGCCACCAGAGUGCCGCAAACGUGCUGCUCCAGACGGUAUUCAACCGCGCAAGGACCGCUCUUGACAAGGCACCCGCGUGGGUGCUGCAGUCGAGGAUAUUCGCCCAGAGCGGAGAGUCAAAGCAGGCGCUGGCCUCGCUCCGGCAAUGUCUGACAGCCCUGGGCGUGGAAGUCGACGAGCAACCCACGUACGAAAAGUGCGAUGAGAGAUUUGAGCGCCUGUCUGUCAGGAUACAGACCAUAGGCCGCCAGCAACUGCUCGACCCGCCCAGCUCGAGCGAGCCUGGCCUAUCCUCUCUAGGGGCAGUGUUGGCGGAGACUACGAGUGCCGGGUGGUGGCACGACACGCUCGAGUUCUACCAACUGUCCCUUCUUAUGAUGGAGGCGCAUUUUGAGCGAGGCGCGUUUCCUCAGUCGGGACUGGCCUUUCUGCAGCUGGCCAUCAUCGCGCUCUCCCGCUUCAACAUGGUGCACUUUGCGGUUGAUCUGGCGAAUGUCUGCCUAGAGUUGCUGGAGAAGUUUCGAGACCCGUACUCGUUGGCUAGGAGCUACAUGAUAUAUGCAAACUUUGUGGGGCAUGUCCAGCACCCCCUCGGGCUUGCUGCCAGCCAGCUCGAGGGAGCAAUGGAAUACGCCGCAGUUGCUGGAGACCGGAUAUCGGCCAUUCUGAGUUUCGGGCUCUCUGCCCAACUCCGAUUCUUCGCCAGCGAUAAUUGCUCCGACCUCGAAGCUUUCUGCCAGUACGGCUGCGAGGAAAUCCCCAAUUGGCACUUGGACACGCGAGGGGGCGUGCACAUCAUUGCCGUGAGACAGGUCUCCUGUGCUCUACAGGGGAAGACGCGCGUGUUACAACCUCUCGAAGUCAUGAGCGACGAGCAGCACAAUGCGACGACGUACAAGGCGUGGCUGGCGACCAACACGAACAACGGCGGAAGGUCUCGGCUAAUCUACGAGACUAUGGAAAUCGUUCCCCUGUUCCUGUACGGCCACUACGAGCGAGCGAUUGAGAUUGGAAAGGCUUGCAGCGAAAACCUGUCCCUACUGUGGUCGUCUCGCAACACGAGACUGGCCACGGUGUUUUACGGCCUGUCGUUGGCUGGACUGAUUAUCCGCCGGCAGAAGGAUCCUCGCCCGGUAGAAGAAGACUUCAAGGCCCAGGUCGAGGAUACGGUGCGCCAUGUCGAAGAGCUCAACAAGACCAUCAAGGACUGGCAGGUUGUCAAUAACGUCAACUACCUAGCUUGGUCCAAGCUGCUUGAUGCUCAAGUGUCGGAGAUGCUUGGCGACCAUGGCAAGGCCAUUCGGCAGUACGAGGAGGCGCUGGACCACGCGUCUGAGCACAAUUUCAUCUUUGAAGAGGCUCUCGGGAACUACCUGAUGGCAGAUGUCUUUGUCAGGAAUGCGGCAAGACGGUCGGCGCGGUCUGCGCUCAGAGACGCCGUGAGUCUCUUCCGCCAGUUUGGUGCCACGGGCAUCGCCGACCGUAUCGAGGCCGAGCACAGUCUCUUGCUCCACGGGCCCAUCCGAAACUGCCGAACCUCGGACGCCGGGGUCCAGACGGACUUUGCCGGCGAUGCCGCAACUGUGCAAUAUCACACAACCGACGGCGAAGGGGUCGAGGAAGCGCAGCACUCGACGCAAGCUGCCUUGGCGGCGCUCAGGGGGGAGCGCAUGUCGGCUUGGAGAGGCUCGAUGCAGCCACAGGAGGCUGGGGCCGGGCUGCCUGCGCUUGAUAUGAUCGAUCUGCAUGCAAUCAUCGUGUCCUCGCAGGUCAUAUCAUCGGUCCUCAGGGUGGACGAGCUGCUCAAGACCAUGUGCGACGUGAUCCUCCAGACAUGCAGCGGAUCUGCGACUCUCGCCGCCAUCGUCGUGCAGGACGAAGGCACCACAGACUGGUGCGUCGCCGCGAGCGGUGACCCGGAAAAAGGAGCCGAGGCCCACAUCCCCGGUAUUCCCCUCAGCGGGGCCGACCUCGUGGCCGAGAACGUAAUACUCUACUGCACUCGGUUCCGCGAGGUGGUCUUCCUCCGAGACCUCGUCAGCGACGAGAGGUUUGGUAACGUGAGCGAGUCCUGGCUGCGGAAGAAUCCGCACAGCAAGGCCGUGAUCGCCAUCCCCAUCUGCCACGGAGCGAAGCCGCUACUCGGUGUUCUCUACCUGGAAGGAGUCCCGGGAUCUUUCACGGACCGCAACGUCACGGUCCUCCAGCUCCUCGUCAACCAGAUUGGCAUCAGCUACUCAAACGCCCUGGCCAUGAAGGCUGUCGAGAAGGUCUCGGCAGAGAACAUCUCCAUGGUCGCUCUGCAGAAGCGAGCCUUAGCGAAGGCGAUCGAGGCCCAGUCAAAAGCCAAGAUUGCGGAAGCCGAGGCGAUCCGGAACGUGAAGCUUGCAGAGGAGGCCACAAAGGCCAAGUCCAUCUUCCUCGCCAACGUGUCGCACGAGCUGCGCACCCCGCUGAACGGCGUCAUUGGAAACUCGGAGCUCCUCAGGGACAGCAGCCUCAACAAGGAGCAGCUCGAGAUGGCCGAUUCCAUUAGGGUGUCGGCAGACCUGCUCUUGACCGUCAUCAACGACAUCCUCGACUUUUCGAGAAUGGAGGCUGACAAGAUGAAGCUCUAUAUUAUUGCUUUCAACCCCGAGGAGAUGGUACGAGAAGUCGUCCGGGCCGUGUCGUACAGCAACCGCGAGAAGACGUCAAAGAAGAAUGUCCGCAUCAUCCAGGAUAUCAACCUACCGCCGAUCUUGAUUUAUGGCGACCCCAUCCGCCUCCACCAGGUUCUCGGCAACCUGAUCGGGAACAGCCUGAAAUUCACCGAGGAUGGCUCCAUCACCAUUGGAGCGCGGAUCGAGUCCGAGACCGAAAACCAGGCAACGCUAACAUUUUGGGUCAAGGACACAGGGAUAGGAAUCUCGGCACAGCAGCUCGAGAACUUAUUCCAGCCGUUCAGCCAGGCAGAUGCAAGCACGGCUAGGAAAUACGGCGGGAGCGGGCUCGGCCUCAGCAUCUGCAAGUCCCUGAUCGAGACAAUGAUGAAGGGCACAAUUCGGCUAGAAAGCCAAGAGAGCAUCGGAACUACAGCGUGGUUUACCGUUACGUUUGAGAAGGCCAGGCCAGAGGUGGUUGCUGGAGACGCGCAGAACACACCGACGGAACCUCAGCCCCAGAGGUUGCUUGUCGAACGGGAGCCUGCUCCUUCGUAUGGUGUGGAUCUAAGGCAAAUACCCAAGGACCAGCUGCGGAUUUGCAUUGCCGAGGACAACGCCAUCAACGCCAAGAUCGCCAUGCAGUACAUGCACCGCCUGGGGUAUCCGAAUGUCGACAACUACGACAACGGGCUGAAAGCGGUCGAAGGUCUCCGCGAAAAGGCUCGGCAGGGCGUCCCCUACCACAUCAUCCUCAUGGACGUGCAGAUGCCUGUUCUCGACGGGUACGAGGCGACCAAGCUACUCCGGAACGACCCCCUGGACUCGGUUCGUAAAAUACUGGUUAUCGCCAUGACGGCAUCCGCGAUCCAGGGCGACCGCGAGAAGUGCCUGGCGGCGGGCAUGAACGACUACCUUGCCAAGCCGGUCCGGUCUGAUGUGCUGAAGAAGAAGCUGGACACCUACCUGGGUUUUCAGGUCAGUUCAACCUGA